AUGCUUACAACAAGUUAUUCAAAUAUUAAUAUUUAUAAACAAUGGCGUUCCGAUUUAAUUGAUCUUAUCCGAUCAAUUUAUACUUAUUUUGAUUGGAAUAGUCGAUCAAUGAGUGAAAAAUGGAUCGAUACAGUUUAUCGAAAUGUAAUUUUAUCGACUGCUUAUCAAUAUAGUUUGAAGAGUUGUACUGAUUAUGCUCAACAACUCUUUCAAGAAUGUUUCAAUCAUCCAUCGAAUAAUACAAUUGAAAUAAAUUAUCGAAAAAUUGUCUAUUGUACAAAUAUGCGUUUAGGUAGUCGAACUCUAUUUCAAUGUCUAUUUCAUCAAUAUCAAAUAACAAAUGAUACAGAAGAAAUUUCAAGGUUACAAUCGGCUCUUAUAUGUACACAAGACAUUCAAUUAAUUCGAUAUUUACUUGAAAUUCAUUUUAAUUCUAACUUAAAUAUUAUUCAACAAAACGAUAUUCUUUCUGGAAUAAGACUAAUUUGUCGAAAUUUAAUAGGUAUUAAUGAUUGUUGA